GGCGGCUGCGCAGGCGCACAGACGCCGUGUGUAUAUAUAGAGGGCGCGCCGCGGCAGUAGAGCCACACCACCAGACGCCACCAUGCUCCGCCUCUCCAUCGCACUUUCGCUGCUCGCGCUGCUGGCUGCGCCGGCUGCCGCUCAGGACAAGUACCCGGAUACUUUCGACCAGCUGGACAUGAAGGCGCUGCUGUCUGACAAGGCUCGCAUUGAGGCCGCGAUCCAGUGUCUGGACGAGGAUGGCGACGGCGCCUGCAGACCCGCCGGAAAGUUGCUUAAGACGGUGCUGGCCGAGAUCGUGAAGACGGACUGCGCCAAGUGCACGGAGACACAGAAGGAGAAGGUGGGCAGCUUCUUUGCGCACGUGUCGCAGCACUACCCGGAGCAGAUGAAGAAGCUGCUGGACAAGUACGACCCGAGCAAGGAGUACAGGGCCAAGUACGCCCAGAAGUGGGCCGCCGAUGGAAUCAAAGUGUGACCGCUCUCCCCUCCAUUCAUACUCUACUUCCUUACAGCAGCUCAAAAGCAUCGUCCGCAUCGCAGGGUUUCUGCAUCGUACUCCGAGCAUCUCAUUCUGAAUAAUAUGCCAUCAAAAUGCUGUUUUAAGCGAAAGUAAUUAAUAAAGAUUUCGUUUGUAAUCUUAA